UUGCGUGCUGUGAUGGUGGGCGAGUAAAUUUUCCUGUAUCGCUAUUCCAACCGAAGAAAAACUUUCGCCAGUGCACUGUCCAGCAGUCAGUUGAGUUUUUCGCGUUCCGCUCUUGGCAGACAGAUCGCGCAUACCACCAUCAUCAAUCGGAAUUUUCAUUUGCAAUCUGUCGUCGGGAUAGGACAGAAGUUUAUUUUUCGGUAUUCAAACUGACUGAAACAUUAUGUGUUUUCGCUGAGUUGUCGUAGAAAGGGGUGAAAACGCUGAGCUGGACAUAAUAUUGGCAAACCCUUCUUCAGAAAGUGGAAAACUUGAAAUGUGGAAGUGCGUGCAGUGAAUGGCCUCAGCGGAAAAGUGAUUAGCCUUUUUUUUGUUAUCUAUCGAGUUUCUUUGGCAGAAAAGCGUUAUAUGCGUGAAAAUUUGUGACGAGAUUGGUAUGUUAUUUGGUUCGGUCUGGCUUUCCCGUCCAUUAAUCGAAUUUAGUAUAAGUCGAGAUCUUUUCGGUGAGUGAUGCUUUGGCUGGAUUGAAGAAAACAUCCGUUUUGACGAAAACCGAUUUCAUCGAAGGCAAAAGUUGUAACCUGAAGCGGGUUCCAAAUUCGAAAAGUUAUCUCUCAGUAGCUCGAUGGCCGUUCCUAUGGCGCUGGACGAGUUGCAGUCGGAGAUCGAGCGUCUCAACCGGGAGCUCGAUCAGGCCAGCAGUGAGAAUAUCCAGUCGGCCAAGUAUGGUCUGGGACUGCUGGAGGAAAAACAGGCGCUGCAGCACAAAUGUGAGGAACUGGAAGCGCUGUACGAGAACGCGAGACACGAGCUCGAAAUCACACAGGAGGCACUGCAAAAAUUUCAAAAGACACAGCAAGUUACCACCAAGAGUGGCAUCGAACAGGAAGAUGCUCUGCUCAACGAAUCCGCUGCCAUGGAAACGUCGCUUAACCUGCAAAUCUUGGAGCUGGAAAAUGAAACCAAACAGCUGCGACAUGAACUGGAACGGGUUACAAACGAACGGGACCGUAUGCUGCAGGAAAAUUCCGAAAUAGGUCGCGAUAAAUCCGGUGCCGAGGCCGAACGAGCUCGGCUGAAGGCCGAACUCAAAGACAUGAAGUACCGAGAGACGAGAAUGUUAAGUGAUUACAGCGAAUUAGAAGAGGAAAACAUUUCGCUGCAAAAACAGGUGUCCAGUUUGAGAAGUUCACAGGUUGAGUUUGAAGGUGCCAAACAUGAAAUCCGAAGACUCUCGGAAGAAAUUGAGUUGCUCAACUCGCAGGUAGAAGAAUUGGCUAGCCUGAAGAAAAUAGCCGAAAAGCAAAUGGAGGAAGCAUUAACUGCUCUGCAGAUUGAACGCGAAACCAAAUAUGCACUGAAGAAAGAGCUUGAUACACAUAUCAAUCGAGAAUCGAUGUACAACAUUAGCAAUCUGGCAAUUAGUAUACGUGGAAUGGAGGAAAGCACUCUGAAUAGCAGUGAUUGUGAAGACGAAAUGCCAACUCUGAAAGACUCAACGCUGAAACGGUUGGAAACCUUGGAAGCGGAAACGGCAGAUCUAAAAUCUCCGGAUGGUACCAAAGUUGAUCUGUUCUCGGAGAUUCAUUUGAACGAACUGAAGAAGCUGGAAAAACAAUUGGAGUUGAUGGAGAACGAAAAGAUUUGCUUGACCGCUAAUCUGCGCGAUGCGCAGCAGAACUUGGAUAAGAGUCAGAAUGAACUGCAAAACUUCAUGGCUAAGUUAAUGCUCCUAGCAGCCCACGUUGAUGCUCUCCAGAAUCUCAAGAAACAGAUCGCUGCAGAGGAUAAGUUUGCAAAUGUAUCCAACAAUAAGGACAAGGUGAUGAAUGACAAAUUAAAUGAGGCAAUUCUUAUGUACUCCAACUGGUUUGCACUGAGUGCAAAAGAGAUUGACACUUUGAAAGCGGAUCUGGUUGAAUUGCAAAAGGGCGUUAACUGUUCAGAUGCAAUGGCUGUAUUGCGUAAUGAAAUCACCAAUCUGAAGAAUAAGUUACUUUCAACGGAACAAAAGUCAUUAGACCUGCACAGUGAUGUUCAGGUGUUAACCACUUUGUCGCAGAAUGCUGGCCAAAGUCUUAAUUCUACCAGAAGCAAUUUGGUAUCACUUAGUGACGAUCUCGCUCAACUGUAUCAUCUGGUCUGUACCGUCAAUGGCGAAACACCGAACCGUGUUUUGUUAGAUCACAAGAAUGACGAUCUAAGCUUUGACAAUGAUUCUCUAUCGGCCAUUCAGUCGCAGCUCAAGUCCGAUAUACUAACAUCGCGGCCGCACGUCUUCGAGGAUCUGCAAGCCUUGAGUGAUGCCGUUGAAAUUAAAAAGUACGUCGACACAAUCAGCGACCAAAUCAAAUAUCUCAAGACGGCUGUGGAACACACUAUCGAACUCAACAAGGAUAAGGUGUCGGAUGUCGCCACUGGUGAUAAGGAUACCAAGGAGGAGAACGCCGAUCUGCAUGAACAGAUCAUUAAACUCAAGAGCUUGCUAUCGACGAAACGGGAGCAGAUAGCUACUUUGAGAACAGUACUUAAAUCGAACAAGAACACGGCUGAAGUAGCGCUGACCAAUUUGAAAUCCAAGUACGAAAACGAGAAGCUGGUUGUGAGCGAUACAAUGUCCAAACUGCGAAACGAGCUGAGGAUUCUAAAAGAGGAUGCUGCAACAUUCUCAAGUCUCCGUGCAAUGUUUGCUGCUCGAUGCGAAGAAUACGUCGGUCAGGUGGAUGAGUUGACCAAAGCGCUCUCCGCAGCUGAGGAAGAAAAGAAAACGCUCAAUCAACUGCUACGAUUGGCUGUGCAGCAAAAGCUCAGCCUUACACAAAAGCUGGAAGAGUUGGAAAUGGAUCGCGAAAUGCGUCAUGUCCGGCGACCGGCGAUGCCAGCCCGCGGUGGUGGUAAGUCGGCCUUUAGCCGCGGAGUUCCCGCUCGUAGCAGCAACCAGAAUCCGAACAACAGCAACAACAAUCCGAACCAAGCAUUCUUCUAACAUAAGGUUAGCGUACAGCGUAAGAUCUUAGCCUUCAUUUAUACUAUGCUGAAGCUAUAAGCAGCACAGUUAGUCGUCGGCGUCGUUGGUGGCGGUGUCAUCCAGCUCCAUUUGCAAUAAAUUGAGGAUUUCUUCUCACCGUUCUUUUCCGAUUGACGACGUUGCGAUGAAUCUUUCCAUCCAUUUUCGGACUAAGUUCGUUCACCUAAUCCGCAGUGGAUGUGGACAAAUAUCACCACCUCUGUUUCCGUUUUUGUACUAUACACACCGGACUAUUGUAGGUGAACCUGGAAAGUCACAGACAGAAAGUGAGUGCGAGCGUGUGAAGAGGGCAUAUAUUUUUAUUAAUAAUAUAACUGAAGAGGAGUCUGGCCCACAUCCCCGCAGGGGCAUAUGAAAUAAGGCGAAUGUGUGAAAGUUUAUCGUUAAUUUAUUUUGAUAUAAGAUUACAAUAUACAUAAUACAACGGCUAACCAAUUAGAAAUAUUAUCACUUGAAUACAUGAAUAAGGGGAAAGAUUGCUCUGUCCUGAAAUAAACAGACAAAAUUAAGCUGUAUGCGACGAAGAGAAAAAUAAAACAUAAACUUUUUAUUGUGAGAAUGACAUGCCAACCAGGGUCGUCACAAUUAAACUAAUUGUAGUCAAAUACUCCAUAUGAUCAAAACGUGAACAAAUGACUAAUACAUUAUUGUCAAACAAUAAUUUUAUUUAUAAAAUCUCGUCAAUGUAGACACUAUUGUUCACAGAUAAUGUGUUCGUAGUUUUUGUGCAAUAAGAAUGUUUUUGUUUUAUUUUAAUACCACCUCAAUUUUUGAAUGUGGUAAAAUUAUCUUUGAUUAGAACUCGAUUACUGAGCGAAAGUAUGAUACUUUUCUCAGCUACUGCUUUCCGACGUUGGACCAAAUCUUACUAAGACUUUAAAGGGAAAAUGACAGCCGCUUUGAGUGAUUUAUCUCGUUAUAUUUUUAAAAAAAGUUCAGCUUUUUUCUAGAAGAAAACACAACAGUGUAGCAUGUCGUUGUGCUCGAGUUAGCCAACUUGUGUAACAUGAGGAAUGAUCGUAUUUUUAUAUAUUUUUAUAUUUUGCUUUUAAAUAUUGCGACUUUAAAACGACGCUUUGUAUAUUAGUGACUUGAAUUAACCGUGAAAAUUAGUAGGAUUGAAAACAUUAGAGGCAAACUAAAUUAGUAGUUUUUAAAUGAUCAACACUUUGUAGCAGGUUAAUAACUCAAGUAGGAUACGGCUGCUAUAUACCAUUUCUAGCGAACAUUAUUGAUUGCUUGGUUUAUGUUGCUGGGCUUACCACAAAUGAUCACGUCAAAAACAUUGAUUAUCUAGACAAGAACGAUAGAGUUAGAGCAACAACAGACCUUUCCUUGGAAUCGAAAUGCAAGCUUUUUAAUAUUUUUUGCACCGUACUAAUAUAAAAGGAACGAACUCAGCUGAUGACGAGUAUAAUCAAUUAUUCGAAAACCAACUAGACACGUCUAAUCAAAGUAUUUUACCACCCCAUUGUCGUUUAAGUUUGAUAUUGUUGAAAAUGAUGACAUAAUUAUGUGUGACCACGGCAUAACAUUCACUGUGACGAGCAUCACAAUUCUGUCCUAACGUUACGAAUGAUUUUUCGAUGCAGAAAAGUUGUUAAAUAAGACCUCUAAUCAGAAAGCGUCCAGAUUAACUAUUAACUGAAAAGCCAUGAAUUUCCGACUAAGAGCCAAGUAUGAAUGAAAUUAGUUUGUGUUUGAGGACACAAUACAAGAAUAAAACAAUGAAAAAUUGCCGAGCCAUUUAUUUAUUUAUCGAGAAUUUAAUUGAUAAAAUCUGAACUUAAAUUAGGAGUAUUAAAGAGUGACUCACUGAAAAAAUUAAUAAAUUUUGGGAAUGUCCAUCUAAUUUGCCCAGUAAAAACGGUCCAGCAGCUGAGUCACUGUAACAAAAUUACAAAGCAACUCAAAUUCGAAAAGUAAACAAACCAAUAAUAAAAUAAAUUAUUUACCGUCCCUUUUUACGAAAACAAAGUAAAAGUAAAACAAAUAUGAUACCUAAGUGUGUGUGUGUUGGUAGAAAAAGAUAACCCUUAUUGCUGAUUGUUUGUAACUGUUAACUGUUACUAGUAAAUGUGUGAAACGCAGCUUUUUUGCAAAUGCUUGCUUCUGUUAACGAUCCUAAUGAACAACACUAACCGAAAAAUAGGCAAUCUUCUGUUCUAUACUUCAGGUUACCUUAAUUUUUGUUUUGCUUUUAUAGCAGCUUAUUAUCGGCUUGUUAAACAAUUACCUAAGCAAUCAAAGAAUGAAGGAAAUUUAUAAAAGCAAUGUUUUCUUUCCAAGGAACUCGUCGUGUUCCAGCGAGGUUGGAUUGAAUUAAAAGAUAGGCAAGAACAAAAACACACAACAACCAACUCCAUUUGCAACACAGAAAUCGAACAUGUAAUGUAGCUGUCCAGCAUAGUAAAAUACAAGAAUAGAACACAGUAGCGAUUUUAAUAGCCAUAACCAACCACAGCAUAGUAGGUGAUAAGUUUGGCCUCAGAAUUAAUUGUAGUGUUAAUCGUCUCAAAUGUGUUACACAUACCAGACUAAGCAUAUUCUGGUACAAUUUAUUACUACUCCCGUGACAUUUGGAACCUUAACCGCAUGAGAGCAGUUAACUACUAAUGGCAUUCGAGAUUUUUUUUGUAGAUAGCAUCUUAUUCAACCUACAGCAGUGACAUUGAGAUUCCAGUUCGUUCUAGGAAACUCUUUAAAUUCAUUCGUUAAACUGAUAGUAGUUGUAGUUAGUAUGCCAAACGUAGCAUAAUUAUUUCAAUAUCCAAAUUUCCAAACAAGUCAUAGAAAGGAGCAUUGUGCGACUACGUAGUCAUUUUCGGUAAAAUAUAACAAACAGUAGCAGUUACAUGUUUUUUCUCUAACGUAGUCCCAAAUCCAGAUGAAGUAGCGUACUGAAUACAGGCACCUCCCGAAACUCUUGACUAUUAACACAGAAUGAUAAAACGAAUGGCAACAGGAAGCAGGAUAUAUUCUAAAUACGGAUUCACAUAAUUGGUUAACUGCAUGCAGUAAACAGAUUCAGUUUGAACGCAAUUCUAGUGAGAUUUCCCAUUUCAUGGCAAAACGGAGUUUGUUUGUUUAGAUUUAUUUGGUUAGAAGCUCGUAGCGUGUUGAUGUUUUGGUUUGCUGCUUACGAAUUAUUCGUUACUUGGUCGCUAUUCAACUAUUUCCCCGUGAUCAACUGAGACGCAGCUGUAGUAACAGCACAGAUAUUUUAUAUAGUCGAGACCAAUAGUAAAGCGAGUAGUUAUUAUUUGCUUCAUACUAAUAAUUUAUUGUAUCUCAUUGGAAGUGAACGUAAUCUAUGAUAAACCAUAUUGUAAAAUUAUUACAGUGAAUGAAAAAAAUAACAAAAAAAUGCAUGAA